AUGGCUACCGGGGAUGACACCGAUUCCGCAUACGGCGAGAGUAUACAUAGUGAGACAACUUCACUAGCAUCGAGCGCACUGAAUUAUCAAUAUGAAAACGGCCGUCGCUACCAUUCGUACAAGGCGGGGAAAUACUUUGCGCCGAACGACGAAGAAGAGCAACAGCGACUUGACCUUGUCCACCACGUUCAGUCGAUGUGCUUGGGGGGAGAACUUUUCAGAGCCCCCAUCAAGGAGCCAGAGCGUAUAUUGGACAUCGGCACCGGCACAGGUAUAUGGGCCAUUGACAUGGCCGACAAAUUCGAGAUGGCGACCAUAAUCGCAACUGAUUUGUCUCCAAUUCAACCCAAAUGGGUGCCGCCGAACCUCCAGUUUCUUGUGGACGAUGCAGAGUCCCCGUGGACAUUCGAGCAGAAGUUCGACUUCAUACAUGUUCGGAACAUGACAGGCUCAAUCGCAGAUUGGCCUGCGCUGAUGCAGCGAUGUAAUGAACAUCUCAAACCAGGUGGCUGGAUCGAAUUUGGGGAUUUCGAACCAUGGGGCUCGACCGAUGACAAUUCUCUCCCCGAAGACAGCUCAUAUCACAAAUGGCAAUUAUCUUUGCAUGAAGCGGCUAACAAGGCCGGACGAUCGAUGAAUGUUGUGCCUCAUAUGAAGGAAAUAGUGCAAAAUGCCGGUUUCGUAGACGUUCGAGAAGAGGUUUUCAAGACCCCUCUCUCGCCUUGGCCAAAGGAUAAGAAGCUCAAAGAAUUGUCAGUUUACAUGCGCAUGCUGAUGCUGGAGGCUUUACAAGCGUAUAGCCUGGCUCUGUUCACCCGUGUCCUGGGUUGGGACCCAGCCGAGGUCGAGGUUCUGCUGGCCGGUGUUCGAGCCGACCUGUAUAAUCUAAAAUAUCACAUGUACACGCGAUUACGAUAUGUUUAUGGACAGAAACCACUGUGA